AUGAACGAGGAUGAGAAUAAGGGAAUAGUAUUUCAAAUCGGAUAUGAACUGCCAUCACAGCAACGUGUCAGUAUGCAAAUCGCCAAUUUGAGACUUCAUGCUUGGGGAGUUUUCAGUAAUGUCUACAGAGGAACUCUAGUUUCACCUGGAACUGAACAGGAGAUUGCAAUUAAGAAAACUUGGCCAAAGACACCCGAACGCAAUUUCGAGUUGUUAUUUCUAUCAGGAAUAAGAAGAAAGCCUCAUAAAAAUGUGGUUCAAAUGCUGUUCGCGUUUUCAAAAACAACCAUAAGUGGACAGGGAAUUGAAAUGACAAAAGCGUUCUGCGAGUCUUACGUCUUCGCAUUCAUGCCGUUCACACUUCAGAACAUCCUCAAGAAACAACGUCUUGCCGAUGUUGAAGUAAAAGUUUACACGUGGCAAUUGUUUGAAGGAAUACGGUACCUGCAGUCCCAUAUGAUUGUCCAUCGUGACAUAAAACCAGUCAAUCUUCUCAUUGAUGUGGAUAAGGGAAUUCUGAAAAUCGCCGACUUCGGAAGUGCCAAAAUAGUGCAACGUGGCAGUCACUCGACAUCUUAUCAAGUGACUCGAUUCUAUCGUCCUCCUGAAUUACUUUUAGAAUCAAAAGAAUAUUAUUGGAUGGUUGAUGUGUGGAGUGCUGGAUGUGUUGUUGGAGAAAUGAUGAAAGGAAAAGUUCUGUUUCCGGGUGCAUCGAGAGAUAUGAUGCUCAAAUUGAUUGCACAAGCAAUUGGGAUUCCAUCUCCGAGAGAUCACGAUUUUAUGAAAGUCGCAAAGAUGAUUGAUCCAGUUUCAGAUGUCAAAGUUAUUGGAUUCAAGGAGCCAAGAAUGGGCCAUUUCAUUGGAGAGAUUCUUCGUUACCGUCCUCGUGAGAGACUCCAUGGCCCAAAACUUCUUGCUCACACUUUCUUCGAUCAGAUAUUUACACAAAAAUGUGCUCUUCCCAAUGGCCUUCUGGUUUCUCAAGUUAUCACUCUGGAGGAUUACAAAACAGCACAGAGAAAUGACUGUGUAGCUGGAAAACAAUAUGCGAUGUCCGUCCUUCGAAACGAAGUGAAAUUCACAUUGAAAGAUGCUCACCCGACUCCGAUUCCUGUUGCAAAUUCGAAAGAAAAUAAAGAUUCGAAAGAGUCGAAAGAGUCCAAAGAAGUGGUCAAAGAUGGAAAAGAGGUGAAAUUGCCGAGUGCGUGUCCUAGCAAUACGAAUAUUGCAUCUCCAACUGCUGUAAUGUCACUAAAGAGAACUUUGGAUGCUUGA